GAGGCUGCACACACUGUGCCCUGAAUGCAAAAGUCCCAGCGUGUCCCCGCAGCACAAAAAAGGGUUGAGGCAGCGCACGGGGCCGGCACGGUCCGACGGCAGCGAGCGGCAGCGAUCCCACGUUGUGCUCGGGGCUCGCUGGAGCACGACGCCCCGGGAUGUGGGGCUGGGGGCCGGGGUGGGAUGGAUCGGGGCUGGAAGCCGUUCCCUUGGUAACGUCGGGUCCCAGUUUCCACCAAUCGAUGUGACGGUGCGGGCUGGGGGGGCUCGUGUCCUACAUAAAGUGCCCGUCGGGCAUCGCGAUCCCCGGCAGAUGCGAAACGAUGGCGAGGCUGACGGGCACCCGGCCCCCAGCUGCCCGCCGCUGGGGCUGCGCUGCCGCUUCCUUCCUCCUCCUCCUCCUCACCGUGCAAGCUGCCCAGAAAGCUGACCUUGGCGGCGAUGCCACCGUGGCCACCAUCAACCACUCACUGACGCUGCUGCAGAGGCUGCAGGAGCUGCUGCAGAAUGGCAACAGCAGCGACUCGGUGCUGCGGGUGCGCACAGCCACCUCUGAUGAGGCCAAGGUCUUCCACACCCACCAGCUGCUGCUCAGCCUCCAGAGCGAGGUCUUUGAGGGGCUCCUGCGCAACCAGAGUGUUGUGACCCUGUAUGAGCAACCUGAAACUGCUGCUCUCUUUGAGAAGUUCAUCAGGUACCUGUACUGCGGGGGGGUGUCCCUCCUGCUGCACCAAGCCAUCCCGCUGCACCAGCUGGCCAGCAAAUACCGGGUGUGGGGGCUGCAGCGUGGCGUGGCCGACUACAUGAGGAGCCACCUGGCCAGCGAGUCGAGCCAAGGCCAUGUGGUGGGCUGGUACCACUACGCCGCACGCAUCGGGGACGCUGCGCUGCAGGAGAGCUGCCUGCAGUUCCUGGCCUGGAACCUGUCAUCCGUGCUCAGCAGCGCCGAGUGGGCUUCGGUCAGCGUGGAGCUGCUGCUGCUGCUGCUGGAGCGCUCCGACCUGGUGCUGCACAGCGAGCUGGAGCUCUACACUGCUGUGGAGGCCUGGUUGACCCGGCGGCAGCCUGAGGACGCUGUGUCUGAGCGGGUGCUGCGUGCCAUCCGUUACCCCAUGAUCGCACCCAGCCAGUUGUUUCGGCUGCAGACGCAGUCGGCGGUGCUGGUGCGGCACUACAGCGCGGUGCAGGACCUGCUCUUCCAGGCCUUCCAGUUCCACGCCGCGUCCCCUCUGCACUUCGCCAAGUACUUCGACGUCAACUGCAGCAUGUUCCUGCCCCGCAACUACCUCGCGCCCAGCUGGGGCUCACAGUGGGUCAUCAACAACCCGGCGCGGGAUGACCGCAGCACCAGCUUCCAGACACAGCUGGGGCCCAGCAGCCACGACUCCGGCAAGCGGGUGACCUGGAACGUGCUGUUCUCACCACGUUGGCUGCCUGUCAGCCUGCGCCCUGUCUACUCGGACUCGGUGUCCAGCGCCAUCCAACCGGUGCGCAUUGAGGACGGCCGCCCACGCCUUGUUGUCACGCCGGCCACCAGCAGCCCCGACUUUGCUGGUGUGAGCUUCCAGAAGACGGUGCUGGUGGGUGUGAGGCAGCAGGGCCGUGUCUUUGUCAAGCACGCCUACAGCUUCCACCAGAGCUCGGAUGAGACGGCUGACUUCCUUGCCCAUGCCGACCUGCAGAAGCGCACCUCCGAGUACCUCAUCGAUAACGCCCUGCACCUGCACAUCAUCAUCAAGCCCGUCUACCACUCCCUCAUCAAGGUGAAGAAGUAGCGGGGCUGUGGGCGUGGGGCUCUGCCUCCUUGUCCUCUGUUUGUAGGUAGAUGGGGGCCUCUCUGCUGCCUGCCUCUCCCUGCUGCCCCCACUGCCAUCCCCAGGUGCCUGCAGGGAGCACAGAGCAACCAUGUGGUGUGGGGACAGGGACAGCCCCUGCAGUGGCACCUCUGCACUGACAUGGGUGUGUUGGGAUGGGGGUCCAGCUGCCUCCUCCAGCAGAGGACACCUGUGGAACACAGCACCUUGUUCCUGCCUGGGUGUCCUUCAACUCCUUCCUAAUAAAAGCAGAAAAUGA